GUCAAGGAAGGUUUCUGAAAUCACUGGAGACUGCCUGAGAACAGACUGUGUGAGCCCUUGAUCUGAUACUUCCUCCCGAGGAAAGACAGGCAUCAUGAAACAGAGAUUCAUUUCAUCAGUUCAAAUAAUUUUGCAGCUUGCUCUGACUACAGUAGGUCUGACUGGUCAGUCGUACCCUGGAAAACCUCAGAUAAUAAGAUGUCGUUCUCUAGAAAAGGAAACUUUUUCGUGUUGGUGGAAGCCUGGCUCAGAUGGAGGACUUCCAAACAAUUACACCCUGUUCUACAGCAAGGACAGUGAAGAAAAAAUCUAUGAAUGUCCAGACUACCUAACAUCAGGUCCAAAUUCCUGCUACUUCAAUAAAAACCACACUAAUCCCUGGACAACCUAUAUUAUCACUGUAACAGCAACAAAUGAGAUUGGAAGUAACAGCUCAGAUCCUCAGCAUGUGGAUGUAACUUCCAUAGUUCAGCCAGAUGCUCCAGUGAAUCUCUCUCUAGAAACAAACACAUCUGCCAACAUGUCAUACAUUUGGGCAAGAUGGUCUCCACCUCCAUUAGCUGAUGCCAGAUUUAAUUCACAUGUAUAUCACUAUGAGCUUCGACUAAAGCCUGAGGAAAAGGAAGAGUGGGAGACAGUAUCUGUAGGAAUGCAGACGCACUACGAGGUGACCAGCCUGCAAGCUGGGGUGAAGUACAUCGUUCAGGUGCGUUGCAUGUUAGACCUUGGAGAAUGGAGUGAGUGGAGCUCAGAAAGAAGCAUUCAGAUCCCUAAAGAACGGGUACCUCCUGAAAAGCCUACAAUAAUAAAGUGCCGUUCUCCUGAAAAAGAAACAUUUACUUGCUGGUGGAAACCUGCUUCAGAUGGAGGACUCUUGACCAACCACACGUUGCUUUACAGCAAAGAGGGAGAAGAAAAAGUUUAUGAAUGUCCAGAUUACAAAACUGCAGGCCCCAAUUCGUGCUACUUCGAUAAAAAGCACACCUCUUUCUGGACCAUAUACAAUAUUACUGUGAGGGCAACUAAUGAAAUGGGAAGUAAUGUCUCUGAUCCUCAUUAUGUGGAUGUGACUUACAUAGUACAGCCAGAUCCUCCUGUGAAUAUAACUCUGGAAUUAAAAAAGUCAAUAAAGAGAAAACCGUAUCUGGUCCUGACAUGGUCUCCACCCCCACUAGCUGAUGUCAGAUCUGGAUGGCUUACCCUUGAAUAUGAAUUGCGACUAAAGCCUGAAGAGGGAGAGGAAUGGGAGACUAUUUUUGUUGGACAACAAACACAGUAUAAAAUGUUUAGUUUAAAUCCCGGAAAGAGGUACAUUGUACAGAUUCACUGCAAACCAGACCACCAUGGACUUUGGAGUGAGUGGAGCCCAGAAAUGUAUAUUGAGAUCCCUACUGAUUUCAGAGUAAAAGAUAUGGUUGUGUGGAUCAUCGUUGGUGUCCUGUCAUCUCUUAUAUGUUUAACCAUGAGCUGGAUAAUGAUUAUGAAAGGGUACAGAAUGAUGGCCUUUAUCCUGCCACCAGUUCCAGGACCAAAGAUAAAAGGCAUAGAUACACAUCUGCUAGAGACAGGAAAAUCUGAAGAAUUACUGAGUGCUCUUGGUUGCCAUGGUUUCCCUCCAACAUCAGACUGUGAGGAACUACUGAUAGAGUAUCUGGAGGUGGAGGACAGUGAGGAUCAGCAGCUCAUGCCAAGUCAUGACACUCAUUGUAAAAAUACAAAAAUUAUACUCAAGGAAACAGACAGUGACUCAGGCCGAGGGAGCUGUGAUAGCCCUUCUCUCCUCCCUGUGAAGUGCAGGGAAUCCCGCAGCCUUCCAUCUGCUCUUCAAACACAAGAUGUAAGAGCUAAAGAAAAAAAAGGAGGAAAAGGGAGCUGGGAAACUCAGUGUACCGCCUCAGAACAGAAAACACUCCCUUGUAACAGUGAGAGUAAAAAAUCGUGCACGUGGCUGGCAGCUCAGUUACCCAGUAAUCAGGCUGCUAUAUUUGCCUACCACAGCACUGUGGAGGCAUUCAGGAUAACACUGAACACCACAAAUGUGAACACUUCACCAGUUUUGGUGGGAAAUGAAGAAAAUUGUCAGUCACUGUAUCCUAUUGCUGAAACUGUGUAUGAUGACAUGGAAAAGAUAAACGAGAUGGAAUAUUCUAAAACUGACCAAACCACAGUGCAGGUCAGACAAAACCAACAAAAUGACAAGUCGCCUUUCCUGAAUCCUAAACUAAUGGACUAUGUAGAAGUUCAUAAAGUCAGACAAGAUGAGGAGCCAACACUAUUCCUGAAACAUAAAGAAAAUAGUGGAAAGACCAAAAAAUGCACUGUUCCAGGAACCAGCAAAGAAUAUACCAAGGUCUCAACAGUUAUGGACCAUCACAUUUUAGUAUUACUGCCAGAUCAGCGCACCCAAAACACACCUGUGUCUCAAGAACCUGUAGCAGAAACAUCUCAGAACCCUCAGCAAAGUCAAGCUGAGAAGAAUACGAGCUACAGCACGACAGCUCCAAGUGAUUCCACAAGAGACACCAGUGGAUCAGACUACAUGGACCCAUCUUCCUUUAUGCCCUCCUUUAAAUAA